AUGGGAAAGUCCCUUUCCCACCUGCCUAUGCACACGUGUAAGGAGGACGGCUACAAUGGAGAUGCCGGAUCUGAUAACAUGAGGAAUGGCUUAGUUCACUCGGAAUCCCACAGUGAGGACGGGCGCUGCGGAGAUGUGUCACAGUUCCCAUAUGUGGAAUUUACAGGGAGAGACAGUGUAACCUGCCCUACUUGUCAAGGAACAGGAAGAAUUCCCCGUGGACAAGAAAAUCAGCUUGUAGCUUUAAUUCCAUACAGUGAUCAGAGACUGAGGCCAAGAAGAACAAAACUCUAUGUGACUGCUUCUGUGAUUGUAUGUUUGCUGCUUUCUGGGCUGGCUGUGUUUUUCUUGUUUCCUCGCUCAAUUGACGUCGAAUACAUUGGCGUGAAGUCGGUAUAUGUCACUUAUGAGCAAAGUAGACGUGUGAUAUAUCUUAAUAUUACGAACACGCUAAAUAUAACAAACAACAAUUAUUAUUCAGUUGAAGUGGCAAACAUCACAGCCCAAGUUCAGUUUUCAAAAACAGUUAUUGGCAAAGCACGGCUAAACAACAUCACCAACAUUGGCCCUCUGGAUAUGAAACAGAUUGACUAUAUGGUGCCCACAGUCAUACAAGAUGAAAUGAGCUACAUGUUUGAAUUCUGUACUUUAUUAUCUAUCAAAGUGCAUAACAUAGUAGUGAUGAUGCAGUAA